GCUAAAUACAGGUACCUACUAUAUAAUAAUAUGUUAAAUACAUUUUUAUAAUAACUAUGUUUAUUAACCUUGACAACAAUAACUUAUACUAGUUUUGAUGAGGGAACCCAGUAGGUAAUAAUUUGAUAAUUUAAAUAUUUAUUGUAUUUUUGCAUAAUAAAAUGUCAAAGAAGAACCAUCUUUUAAAAAUCUCAAGUGAUCCAGGGUGGAAAAUGCUGAGUGAUGUAAAAACAAGCAGUACAGUAAAUCACAAAAUAAAAAGUUCAAUAAAAACACAAAGUAGAAAAAUGUCAGUGUCUAGUGAAUUGGCUAACUACUUGAAAAUUAAAGAAGAUAAUGGAAACAUCAGUUUGUAAGUAUUAUUGUAUGCAUAUGAUAUUUGAUAAAUUAAUAACAGUUAUAAAUGUUUGUUUAUAUGUUAACAGGUACACUCAUAUUCAAGCAUUAUUAGACUUGUUUAUAUUCCAAAACCCCUUAAGACCUAUUGAAUAUUUUGAAUACUACAGUGAACAACUUAAGCAGUACUAUCAAAGACCUAGGCGUAAUCCUGAUUUAGAUUUUUUGAAUAAUAUCGAAUUGAAUGUCUGCAACAAGUUAACAGAUAUAUAUAAGGUGAAUGAUUUGAAUGAUUUGUGCACAUACUGUUUGAAAUUAAAUUUAAACAUGAACUUUAUAUCUAUGUUUCAGGAUACCGGAGGGGAAAAAAAAGAAGAUACCACAAAUAAUUUCCUGGAAUACAAGGAGGAAUUACAAUAUGAAGUUGAAAACGAAUAUGAAGAAAAUGUUGUGAAAAAAACUAAUGAAUUUGACCGAAUUGUAAUUCAAGAUUUGUCGAAAAUCAAUUACUUGUUCAAUAAAGUGGGGUGUGGGAUAACUAACGAUGAAGCUUAUCUUAUUGGAAUAACUAUAAAUCAAAUGUCAAAUCAGGACAAAUUUAAAAAUAUUAGGUUAAUAUGCAUAUACUACAUUAAUGAUAUAUGUCUGUAAAGCAUAUUUACUAUUUUCAUUUUAAAAACAUUUAUAGAUACUGGGGAAAAAUAUUUGGUUUGAAACAUAACUACUAUGUCUUGGAAUGUGAAUUGCAAAAAAAGGAAUUGGAAUAUAAAUUAAUGGCAAGUUAUAAAAAUAUUUAGUUAGAUUAGGAAUGAUAGUAUUUUUAGUAUACUGUAAAUUCAGACAUUUUGUUAUAUUAGUGAUUGGAAAAAUGUAUUGGGCAAUUCCUUAGGUAUACAAAAUAAUAUCAGUAUACCGAAAAAUGCCUUAUGCUGAUACACCGAGAAGGACACUUGAAAAUCAGUAACCAGAGUUCUAAAACUAGCAUAGCUUUAAGAAUAUUUAUUAAUAAUUUAUUUGUGUUGGAUGAAAUUAUAUAAUGCAAUCACUAAACAUUUUAGCUGAUAUAAUGUAUCUGUAAACCAAGUGUUCCUAAGUAAACUCACCAAUGACUAUAGACUGCCCUGUAUUGUUAAAUCAACUUAAAUUUUAAUAUCCCUAGCUUUCAGCCCCAAAAAAACUUAUGUUUUUCAUACUUCUGUGUACCACUAAUUAUUCUCGUAAUAGACUGUUCAGAAUAAUGUAUAUUGCAUUUAAGAAUUUUUUUUUUAUUCUUUUUUAAAAAUAUCUAGUUUAUAUUUUUCUUGUAUAUAUACAUAUUAUCUUGUUCUAAACACUGGGCUACAGUCCGGCUUGUUAUAAAAAUAAUAUAUAAAUAUUGAAGGGGAAAAUGUCAUAUAGACAUACCCUCCCCCCCUGUUUGACUGCUCCUAAUAAAUUUAAUGUUGCAGAUCCUCAACAGUUUAUUGAAAAAUAAUAUCAACAAUUUUAUGGAUGUUUAUGAAAAUGUGUAUGAGCAUGAAGAAGGAUCAAUGAUGGGAAUCUAUGAACAAGAUGAAGAAAUGUCUAAAAUAAAAUUGUCUGCCUCCCGAACAACAUCAAAUAGCAUGGUAAAUGAGAGUUCAUUUGUGAAAUCAGGUUUUCAAGAUUCGAAUCUGUGUAUCCCUUCAUUUGCAGAGGAGUCUGAUGUAGAUGAUUAUGAAAUGUAUGGAUUCGGAACUAAUAAAAAGGUUGUUAAAUGUUUUAAAAAGAAUUUUUAAAUUCAUAUUAUUAUUGUAUUAUUAUUUUUUCUAGUCAUAUUUUGUAACAAAUCAAUUGUUUGAUGAAUGGGUUGAACUGCCAUUGCUUAAGCCUCAUCAUAUUAUCCAAUCGCGCAAUAUUAACCAAUAUUUUGUUGGUGAUUUGGAUGCUCCUGUAAAAAUAUAAUUAUAAAUAGGUACAUAUUUAGAAACUAUAUUUAUAGAAUAUAUUAUUAUUCCCAUAGGUCAAAUCAUAUCCGUUAUUCCGAGGCUUGGAAAAACAUUAUCUACGAGCUCAAAUCGCAAGGAUUACAGCAGUGACACAAAUAUCUCCUCGGGAUUAUUUCAUUAUAGACCAUCAACAUAGAAAAUCAAAUAAUUGGACAGGCUUAAGUUCAUUCCAAGCAAAAGUGCUUUCACAGAAAUGUAAGUAUUUUUCAAAUGAGAAAUUAGAACUAAAAAGAUCCCAAAAAUUCCCUUUUUGAAAAUGCUGGUAUAUAUAUAAACUUAAAUGUAUCUGUAAUAAAUUUUAUAUUAGUAAGACAAAUGGAAAUUUUAAAAUAGGAUAUAAAGAAUAAAUUUCUGAAAUAAAAUUGAAAAAAAAACUGCACCCAAUUCAAAUUUCGCUAAACUUGUUUUAAAAAAUUAAGCUUUAAUAUUAUUACUCACUUAGAGGUAUUAAUUUCCCAAAAAAACAUUUACAUUAAUUCAUUUUUAGAAGAAUUAUAUACAUACAAUGAAAUAAAGAAAAAUAAUUUUAAUAAUAUUUUAAAUAUACAAACCGAUUUUAAAAAUAAUAUCUUGUAUAAAUACAUUUUAGAUAAUAAAUAAUCUCUUAUUAAAAUAAUUUAUUUCUAUGUAAAAUGACCAAUUAUUUUUUCUAUGUAUAAGAAUACAUUGAUAGAUCAUUGAAUUCUUUAUACUCACAUACAUUUUAUAUUUUGACUGUGAUAUACCUGAUGAUGAUUUUUUAAUUCAAAACCUUAUAACACACUUAUCAUAAUACUCCAGGAACAUUUAAUUAUUUUUAUUUUUCAUUUAAAUAUUUUUUUACAGGUAUUAACUAUUUUAAUUAUAUUGUUUUUACUUUAUUAUUAAUAAUACAACAAAAUAUAAGGAAUUACCAUGCAGAUUGGUCAUUUCUUAUCCUGUAAUGUGUUAUUCUAUUGAAAAUGUAUAUUUUUCACACCAAUUUUCUAGAAAUGGCUAUUACUAAGAAAUUAAUGAUGGGAUAUAAGUGUAUGAUACAUUCACAUUUUUAGAAUACUUAAUAGAUUUUAAAACGUGAAAAAAUAAAGUAAUUUGUUUCAAUCAUUAAGGGAUGAAAAUAAAAAUUUAAGUUUUCUCUACAUUAGUGUCCUUACACAUAACACAAUUGAAAAAAAUUUUUUUGUGACAGUUAUUAGUAUUGGGAUUUUUUUUUAAUAGUGUUGAACAACCAUACAUAAUGCAAUUGGAAAAUAUAAAAACCUAAAGAUCCAAUUUUAUGUUAGGAUUUUGUGUGGUAGAUAAAAUUUAAAACUAUUAUUAGUUGAUCAUGAAGUUCGAUGUCUAAAAAGUUAAACAAGCAUAAACAUAUUUGUUGCUCCAUAAAAAUAAAUAUUGAAUACCAUGUUCAAAAAUGAAUUCUUCUUUGCUUUAAUCUAUACCACUGUGUAACUUUUAUUUAGAUAUAAAAUAUUUUGUUGAAUUCUUAAAAGCAUUAUUGAGUCUAGCCUAUUGUCAUUUAUGUUUAACCUCAAAUGUUAUUAUUCUAUUUCUUAAAUCGAAAUGAAAACAUUUUAUUCAGUGGUAUUAUUUUAUAACUUAUCAUUAUCAAUAAAUAUUUUAAAAUUUAUUUUGUAAAAUGUAUGAAAGUAUAUAUCAGCUUGAGUUCCUGAAUUUUGGUUCAACCUAAUGGGCGCCUCAAUAUCAAAUAUGUGCUGACUGACAAAUUCAUGUAGGAUGUUGUUCCUUAUUCCUUGGUACUGCCUUUUGGGAUGGCAGUUUACAAACACAAUAAACUAUGGCUUAAUUUGUAUUAUUAUUAUUUUUUAAAUGUUGUCCAUGUUUUUAAUAGGGAACCAUGAUUAUAUUGAAAACAUAAAUUACCAACCAUUGUCUGUAUAUGCUCUAUUAAAUCCGACCAAUUGGGUACAUCACACUCCAUUAAUAACGGAGGAAGGUGUGACUAGAGCGUGGGCCAAGUUAAGAAAGUCGCAAAAUGAUUAUGAAACUGUUAAAGUAGGUACAACAAUUAUAUCAUAGAAAAUUGUAAGUAUUUGAAUUUAACGGACAAACUGUUGGCAACUUAUAACCUAUUAAAUUAUUAACUCUAUUAUUUUACCAGUAUAUUCUUGUUACUGAGUUUUAUAGUUUUGCGUUUAUAGGAAUAUGUAAAUGAGGAAACCUAUGAGAUGACUGCCAGUAUUGAUUCUGUCACAGAAGUCCCAGACCCGCUCAUCCCUCUAUCCGAAGAUGUUUAUGCGGACAAAGUGCCACCAUGGAAAUUUGAAACAAUUAACCAGUUUGAUGGUACAGCUACUCAUGCAUCUGUCAAAUCUAUUCUGUGGCCUGGGGCAUUCGCAGUGGCGUGCGAAAGGUUGGUUUAGAGAUGAUCAAGAUAACAAUAUUAUGUUAAGUGGGCCACACAUUUUCAGUUUAAACUGAGCAAUUUGAUUGCAUAGUUUUUUUUGUGCAAAUGAAUUGUAUGAGUGAAGUAUUAGACACAGUUUUUAGACUAUACAACUGAUCAAAAAUAAAUUAAAAAUAUCAAUUAAUAAAACUGUACAUAUAAGCUGAAGCAUGGUGUGUGUGCAAACAGUGGUAUUUAAAAUUGUGUAGGAUCAAUUUUUUGUUUCAUUUAAAGACUAGAAUUAAUUUCUUGUUUUAAAAUUAUUAUUCAAUUUUAAUAUAAAGUAAAUCACCAUCUAUUAUAUCAUGGUACAGUAGAAGAAUUUAUUGAGAUUGAUUAUUCCAAAUUAUGAUUUUGGAAAGUGAAACAAAAAGAAUAUUAUGCCAUUUGAGCCAAAAUAGAUAUUAUUUUGAAAAAUUAAUUUAAAAAUUAUAUGAAAUAGAAUCUGAUGAGAAUCUAUAAUAAAAGAAUACAAAUACAAACAUAGGCGUAGCGUUUCUCAAAUAUAUUGAAAGUUCUUUUAACUGUUUUGAUCAAAUAAGUUGUAAGUUGCUCAUGUGAAAGAUAAUUUUCUAAUAUAGUGUGAAAACAAAAUUAAGGAGUAUUAUGACACAAAAAAGACUCCACUUAAUGAUCAUGAUAUUUGUGGAACAUCUUGAAAACUGAAAUUAACUUUGAUGAAAAAGUUAUUGAAGAAUUCAAAGAGUAACAAUUUAAAAACCUUUAGACGGAUUAGAGUUUUGUAAUAUAAAUUACAAUUAAAUUAUUUUAAAAUUGUUUUUAAUUAAACAUUUUUGAGAAAUUUUAUCUCUUUUUCAUUUAUCUUCCCUUGCAUAAUAUUUGUAACAAACUAGUUAACUGUCCAAAAAACUUUGUUCAUUUUAUUUCUAUAAUUUUGAUAAUUUGUCUUGGUUCAUUCACUAUAUUUAAUACUUCCAUAUUUCUUUUUUUGUCAAUUGAUCUUCAUAAUUUUCCCCCGUGAAAAUAUCUCUAAUGUUUCUAUUCUUCUUUUGAUUAAGGAGUUUAGAGUCCAGAACUCACUAUCAUAUAACACCACACUCCAAACAUGCAUUUUAAUAAUUAGUUUUUUUUUUUUAAUUUGAAUUGAUAAGUGCCUGAUUGCUAAGAGAUUUUGUUUCUUAUUGAAGGCUUGUUUAGCCAAAGCUUUUAUUUUUUCUUACCAUUUACCUAUCUUACCUACCUGUAAGAGGUAUUAAAUAUGGUUGCAUCAGAAAAUUCUGUUAAACAAUACGAGGAGUUCUAAACAAGGCUUUGGCAAAUUGUCUCAUAUCCGAUUUGAAAGGGGACAAUAGGUGAGAGGAGGUAUUGAUGUAUCAUAAUGUUUGCAGAUAAUAUAGCUUUGAUAAAAGGAAAUCUGGAAUAAGUUAACAAUAGGCUUGAAGAAUGGAAAGUAGCACUUGAAGGAAAAGAACUAAAGAUAGAAAGAAAUGAAACAGAGUUUGGAGGAACAAGAUAGCUAAUGACAAUAAGCAGUUAUAGGUGAAAUUAAGAGUUUACAAGUCUCUAGUAGUUUGAUACUACUACGAUUUUUCAUGAUUUAUUUUGAGUAUACACUUAGUGUAUAGUCAAAGCACUUAAUACUGAGGGUGUGUGUGUAUAAGAACAUUUUUUUACAAAGAUUAACUGUGCUGUCAAAUUACUUAGUAUUACUUAGUAUAACGUAAAGUGUGUGGUCCACUUUAGAAAGAAAAAAGUUUGUUACAAUCCAUUGAGUAGCUGUCUGUAUAUUUACAAUAUUUUCAUUUAUAGCCUCGUGGAUUACACCUACUGUGGGUGGGGUCAGAAAUGGCAGGCGAAUGGUUUCCGGACACCAGUAGUUCUGUGUGAUGAGUUUCAGGCAGAAUUACUAGUUAACCCAGCCACAAUGACUGAAGCAAAAGAUCCCACGUAUGAGGACGAACAGUUAUUUUACUCAAAAAUUCAACAGUUGCAAGAAGAACUAAAAAAAAAACGGAAGGCUAUCACACAUCUCACUGUGUAUGAUGUGAACGAAGAAGAUGAGGAAAGAGUUCUCACCAGUCAUGAUUAUGACUGACAAUAGUGGCUUUGUUUACUGUUAAUUAUUUUAGGUACCUAUCUGAAUAUUGGUUAUGCCAGUGUACAUAAUAUAUUAAUUAUAUAUAGGAUCUAUACAAUUUGCCACUGGGUUUGAUGGACUUUUCUAGUGCUAUUAAUAUUAAAUUUUUAAAAAAAUUUUUUUCAAUCUGUUUGUCUUUAAGGGAGAUAUCGAUUUGGAGAAAAAUAACAAUUUUAUUUACAUCUCAAAAACACAAGAAAAUGAUAAAUUCUUAUUUAUUCACUUUAGACAAUUUUCAAAAUGACCAUUUUAUAAAUAAUUGUAUUCAAACAAUUUAAAUUUAUC